AUGGCUCCAGUUGACCGCGAUCUCUGCUGCUGCUGCAUCCGACUCCGACCGGCUGUGGUCACCAUCUCUAUCGUGUACCUCUGCAUCACGGCCGCGACUACAUACCAGAAGUAUUCCGCCAACAAUACAGGAGACCAGGCAGCAAAGUACGUGAUCUUCAUCUCCGCCGGCCUCCAAGUCUUCAUCGCCCUCCUGGGCCUGGCCUCCGCCGCAACUAAAGCCGUCUUCAUCACAAAGACCUACACCUACCUCUGGUGGCUCCUCACCCUCGUCGUCCUCGCCCUCUCUAUUGGAAACGUCUAUCUCGUCGCCAGGAACGACCGUAUGCAGAUCGAGUACGAGUGCCUCAAGAGUCUAACCUCCUCUGACGGGACGGACGUGACAGCCUCGCAGAUUUAUAACUGUUACAGGACGGUGGUGGUGAUCUCUGCGGUGGUGUUGGGGGUACAGUUUAUUGUCAUGUGUUUGAUUGGGUGGGUCAACCAGCGGUUCUUGAGGGAGGUUCAGCAGGAUGCUGCGAUUAAGGCUGCGUUGAAGUCUGUUGAUGAACCUGAAGAGGUGGUCGCCUAG